UUUCAAAAUUACCCUUUCUGAAUAUUUUAAAAAAUGAACGCCACAUGAUGUAAGAGUAAUUAUACGUCUCAAAGUAUUACUUUUGUAUAACAUAACCCAAAACACUACAGAGCACAGACAUUUCACCUUUCUGCCUCAUUCCCGCCAAAACCUUCUUCAGUUAACAUAUACACAAACCCUUUCUCUUCACACAAAUUGAAACCUCAUUCUCUCUCUCGUUUCUUUGUACAACGAAUCAAACUCUAACAAUGAACAUAGAUGAUAUGGAAAUGGAUAUUCCGCUCCCUGAUGAACUCGAGUUUCUGGAAUCAAAUUUUCACGAACCCGAGCAAAAUCAAGAAGAAGGAGAAGAUCAUCAUUAUCACUUCGCAGACCUCGAAGCCCCGGCUGAACCGUACUCUCCGCAACCGCCGCCAGAUCUCGAGGCUCCUUCGGUGGAUAUCGAAUCAAGCGGUCACAAGCGGUCGCGUUCGAGUUCACCUCCCGAAGAGGACAAGAGAGCGAAAGUUAGGGUUACCGUCGAGGAGGUUUCCUCCGCCGAGGAGGCCGCCGACGAGGACUGGCUUCGCUACUCUCCUCCACCGCAGGAGCCGGCGGCAAAGGAAACAACGUUCGCGAAGGAGAAGACGUUGUCGAGAUUCGCGUCGGAGAUUGACGGCGAGUGCAUGCCGAUCACCGCGCCCAACGGCGACAGGGUUUAUGCGAAGCUCACCCGGUUUCAAGGAGAAGAGCGCGUGAAGACGCUCGAUUGCAAUGGAUAUUCUGCUGAACUUAGUUCCGAACCGAUUAAUGUUAUACUUGAGAGGCUGGAGCAAGAGGCUUUUGCUAAGGCCUUGGAAGCUAGUUCUGAAGGUCAAAGUGUUCCAGAUGUUCCUGAAGUGCAAAUGGUUAAUGAGCAACUUUGGGUUGAUAAAUAUGCUCCGAAAUCCUUCACCGAGCUUCUUAGUGAUGAACAGACAAAUCGUGAGGUACUGUUGUGGUUGAAGCAAUGGGAUUCUGUUGUGUUUGGAUCUGAAAUUCGAAGCACAUCAGAUGAUGUUUUGUCUGCUUUGAAACGCCAUUCUUCUAUUGUCCACCAUCAGAAACCUUUGAAUUCAAAGUUUCCUAGGAAGAACGGAGGAUCCAAAUGGAGUAAUGGGGGAGGGUAUGUAAAUUCUGUAAGUAUGGAUGACGGUGGUAGUUCAAAGAGUAUUCAAGAUGCAUGGAGUACGAAGUCAAGGAAUAUUGGUCCCCCAGAACAAAAGAUCCUUCUGCUAUGUGGACCACCAGGUCUUGGAAAAACAACACUAGCACAUGUAGCUGCUAGGCAUUGUGGAUAUCAUGUGGUAGAGAUUAAUGCUAGUGAUGAUCGUUCCACAUCAACAAUUGAAGCCAAGAUUCUUGAUGUGGUUCAAAUGAACUCUGUCUUGUCUGAUUCAAGGCCGAAGUGUCUGGUGGUGGAUGAAAUUGAUGGAGCUCUUGGUGACGGUAAGGGUGCUGUGGAGGUUCUUCUAAAGAUGAUUUCUACCGAAAGGAAGCCUUAUGCGGGGAAACAAAUUGUGGGCAGAGGACAACAGGAGAGAAAGUCAUCAAAAAAGGGUUUGAAAACUGCUUCGCUUUCAAGACCUGUGAUAUGCAUUUGUAAUGAUCUAUAUGCACCUGCCUUAAGACAAUUGCGUCAGGUUGCUAAGGUUCAUAUAUUUGUUCAACCAACAGUCAAUCGUGCAGUGAGCAGGCUGACAUACAUAUGCAAGAAGGAGGGGAUGAAAGCCAGUGCAAUUGCACUCACUGCUCUUGCAGAAUAUACAGAAUGUGAUAUUAGAUCAUGCUUGAACACUCUCCAAUUUCUCUCAAAGAAGAAAGAAGCUCUCAAUGUGUUUGAUAUUGGUUCUCAAGUAGUUGGCCAGAAGGACACAUCAAAGAAUGUUUUUGACAUCUGGAAAGAGAUUUUCCAUAAGCGAAGAACAAAAAAGUUAGAAAGAAAAUCUCAUAGAGGGAAUUCCUUUGACUUUGACUCAUUGUACUCCCUUGUGUCAAAACGAGGUGAUAGCGACUUGAUUCUGGAUGGAAUUCAUGAAAAUGUUUUGCGGCUCAAUUAUCAUGACCCACUGAUGCAGAAAACUGUCAAGUGCUUCAACAAUCUUGGAGUUUAUGAUCUAUUGCAUCAAUAUAUAGUGCAUACACAUCAUAUGUCCCUUUAUGUAUAUUUGCCCCUAGUUGCAAUUACUGUACAUCAUAUUGUAUCUCAAAUUCAGAAACCAAACAUUGAGUGGCCAAAGUCCUAUCAGAGAUAUCGUACAUUGAUGAUGGAAAAGAUGGACAUUUUGAAUAAUUGGCACCACAAAAUCCCACCGCAUAUUGCAAGGCACUUAUCAGCUAGUUCCUUUGUAGAAGACUUAAUUUCUCCAUUGUUACAUAUUCUGUCCCCGCCAACUAUAAGACCGGUAGCAUUACAAGUACUAUCUGACACGGAGAAGAAUGAUCUUGCUCAACUAGUUAGCAAAAUGGUAUCAUAUGCUAUAACAUAUAAAACUGUGAAAUCAGAUAUGCCGCAUCAAACCCUGAAGUCUGAAGUAGCAGAUGGUUUGGCACUGUCUUUUGUUCCUCCUAUCAGUGACUUUAUAAACUUCAAGGAUUAUACUUCAAAUCAUUAUGUGCUUUCUGUAGCUAUGAAGCAGCUUUUGGUACAUGAGGUUGAAAAGCAUAAGAUUUUACAAGUUGGUGUUGACAAAACUAGGGCUUUAGCAAAUGAAGGGCAUGGAAUCAUUGAGACUGAAACUCACAACAUCCCAUUAGCCAAUACCAAUGCUGUGGCAAGGAAAUUAAAUGCAAAUCCCACAAUAGUUUCAUCAAACUUGAAUUCCCAUAAAAGUUCAAGUACAACAGAUAUUGGGAAACCACAAAACGUGGGAAAUAUUAAAAAAGCAACCAGAAGUUCCUCCAGUUUCUUUGAUAGGUUUAAAAAGGUAAAUACUAAGGGCGUACAAAGUAAUGACAGAUCUCUACCAGAAGAAUCUAUCUUGGAGAAAGAACGAUACCCUUUACUUUUUAAAUUUAAUGAGGGCUUUACUAAUGCAGUCAAAAGGCCUGUCCGUAUUCGGGAAUUUCUAUCUUAAUGGGUUUAGCAAAUAAUAUGUUCAUCUUCAUGGGCUCCCCUUGUUGCCUUUCGAUUAGCUUUCUUGUAUUUUUCAGAAUCAAAGUUCUUAUCAAUUUAGUUGUGGUCUUUUUGGCUGUUUAUCAUUUUCACUUGCAAAAUGAAGGGUCAACCAAACUAAUUGUUUAUGAUUUCA